GCAGUUGUGUUAGAUUUCUAGUGAAUGUGAUUAGAAAAAAGAAACAUUCUAAAAUAGAUUGGAAAUUACAGGAAGUAACAUGUACAAUAGAGUAAAUUAAAAAACAAAAGUCGCAUUGAUUAUGGAUUUUAUCAGGAUUUUCCUUUAGAAUUGGCAGCAUGCAGAUCAACAAUCAAGCUUUUCCUUCAUGUAAAAAGUAUGAAAUUAUUUCUGACGUUGCAAGCUCUAAAUACGAAUCCCAUGCAGAUGCCCGACAAUGUUCCUCUGGCAAUAAGACGUCGCACGAGGCAUUAGUUAUGGCAAAUUGUGAUGCUGGGCCAACAAGUGCCUGGAAGACAGGCGAAAAUGUGAUGUCUAUAUGUUCAUCGCUUCCCUCUUACACACCGAUUGCUUCAAUAUCCAGUGGAAAUACAGGACUGAAUUGGGGCAGAUCGGGAAUAUUUGUAGGUUGUCUUGGUAACGGAUUUAAGAUGGUGUACCAAGACUGCGAUACGGAACCGACUUUUGUUCACGUUAUCCGUGGCAAUGGAAUUGGAACGCACGAUCCAUACAACUACUUUGUCAUUUCAAAAUAGAUACAAUAUUAAUGUAGCAUUGUUAAAAAUGUAGCCUUCCGCCUUCCCGUAUAUUAAUACACC